UUACACCAGCUUCCCAAGACAGGAAAUGUUUGGAAAAUGACUUGAAGGGCUGUUUUCUGCUCGCCAACCCCACCGGCAUUGUAGGGUGGAGCAGAGUGGGGAGGAGUCCUGUGCACAAAACACAUGUAUCCCCUUUUACUAUAAAACUAGAAGUAACAUUUAGAGACAAGGAAAUCCUGCUGAAAGAUGUGGUUCAUUCCUGUUUUGGCUGUUUUUGGAGGGAUCACGAUUGUUUUUUACCUGCUGAAAUUCACCUGGAAAUGUUGGGAUGGGUUCAAAGAGUUUGUCUUAUCGGAGCAUUGGCAAGUGGACUUGAAGAAAUAUGGAGGAUGGGCAGUUGUCACCGGUGCCACCUCUGGCAUCGGCAAGGCUUAUGCCACUGAGCUUGCACGCAGAGGUUUGGAUGUGAUCUUGAUCGGCAGAUCUGACGAUAAACUGCAAAUGGUUGCCAAGGAGAUCGAGAAGCAGUAUGGGCAGAAGACUCGCACCAUCCGAGUGGACUUCACCGACAGCUGCAGCAUCUACUCUACCAUCGCCAAAGAACUUCAGGAUCUGGAGAUUGGAGUGCUGGUUAACAACGUGGGAAUGACCUGCACCGAUCAUUUUGCCUACUUUUUGGAAACACCAGAUAUUGAACAGAAAAUCACUGAGAUUAUCAGAUGUAAUAUACUGUCAGUCCCUCAGAUGACCAGGCUGGUUCUUCCUGGGAUGGUGGAGAGAGGUACUGGCCUAAUCAUCAACAUCUCGUCUGAAAUUGGUGCCCGACCUCAGCCUUUACUGACUCUUUACUCUGCUACUAAGAUUUUUGUGACAUAUUUCUCUCAGUGUCUACAUGCUGAGUACAAGUCCAAAGGAAUAACUGUUCAGUGUGUGGCCCCUCUGAUGGUGUCCACCAACAUGACACACAACAUGAAGGUCAACUCUCUGGUGAAAAGUGCCUCAGGAUUCGUCAGUGAGGCUUUGAACACUGUGGGUUUCUCCACUUACACCAGCGGCUGUCUGUCUCAUGCACUGCAGAGUGCUGCUCUCUCACUGCUCUUGCCAGAUUGGCUUCGCAUGUCGACAUUCUUCAUCAGAAAACUGCGAAACCUUCCGAGUACAAGAAAAUUUGACUCCAGCAUAUAAGUAAAGAGAAUCUCUGAAGGAGAAAUGGUCAAGGUUUUUCCAAACAGCUAAAUGCUUUCACUAUACGGACAUUAAGCUUUUGAGGUAUUAUCUUUACAAUACUGUGUAACAUAUGUAAAUCCCACUGCACCAUGAUGUAGAUCUAUUUAUUUGUAUAUUACAUUAUUUUUAUGCUGUAUAAAGUAUAUUGGAAAAAACAUAAAUGACAAAACCAGCAGGGAAACAAAAACUUUCACAAUAGGAAAAGAACAUGAAUCUAAAGAUGAUAAUCAGUAAAAAGUUAACUGACAAUGCAGCAAGUCCUUU